ACAAGAAUAAGAGCGUCCUCAUCCUAUAAAAACCCAAAAGAGCAGCCACUUCACAAAUACAAAAUGUUGCCACUUGCACUUGCACCUACUCUUCUUCUUCUAUAAGUUUCUCCGCCUCAACUGUACUCGCUCUCAUCAACGACAUCGUCGCUUUGUGUCAUUAACAGUCAACAAAAUGGCAGCAAUGUCAGGGAAGAUUGUCCAAAAUGUUUUUGUAGCACAGAAUAGGCUGUACGGGACCCAAUACCAUCCGAGGGACUGUUGUGCCCCUCAUACCCGCAAUUUGCUUCCCUUCUUUGGAGGGAAGUUGGCAUGGAGUAGCAUAGUACCUUCCGUGCAAAUGCACACCUUACCAAUAUACCAGAGUGGUUUUGUUAACCGACGAACUUUUUACUGCAAUGCUACUUCAUCUGCAACUGCAGUGCCGUAUCUUGACAAAGUUGAUUUCCUGAAGCUUCAAAAUGGCAGUGAUAUUCGAGGUGUGGCUGUUGCUGGUGUUGAGGGAGAGCCUGUUACCCUUACUGAACCAGUUACAGAAGCAAUAGCAGCUGGCUUUGCAGCAUGGCUACUGGAAAAGAAAAAGGCUGAUGCUCCUAAAAAGUUGAGAGUUUCUAUUGGUCAUGAUUCCCGAAUAUCUGCACAAAUAUUACAGGAUGCUGUUUCUCGAGGUAUUGCUGGUGCAAGCCUGGAUGUUGUUCAAUAUGGAUUGGCGUCAACCCCAGCAAUGUUUAAUAGCACACUCACUGAAGAUGAAGCAUUUUUAUGUCCAGCUGACGGAGCUAUAAUGAUAACAGCUAGUCAUCUCCCUUACAAUCGGAAUGGUUUCAAAUUCUUCACAAAUUCUGGAGGGCUUGGGAAGGCCGACAUUAAAGACAUUUUGGAGCGUGCUGCAGAUAUAUAUAAGAACUUUACAGAUGAAGGUUUAAUGAAGUCAAGAAGAGAGGCUUCUGCAUCAAUAAAGAGAGUUGACUACAUGACGGUUUAUACUUCUGAUCUUGUGAAAGCAGUCCGUGAGGCUGCAGGAAAUAUAGAGAAGCCAUUGGAGGGGUUCCAUAUAAUUGUAGAUGCAGGAAAUGGGGCAGGAGGAUUCUUUGCUGCAAAAGUUCUUGAGCCUUUGGGGGCUAUCACUUCUGGAAGUCAGUUCUUGGAACCAGAUGGUUUGUUCCCUAAUCAUAUUCCCAAUCCAGAAGACAAGGCAGCAAUGAAUGCUAUCACCCAGGCAGUCCUUCAAAACAAGGCUGAUCUUGGGAUAAUAUUUGAUACUGAUGUAGACAGAUCUGCUGCUGUGGACUCCACUGGUCGUGAAUUCAACCGGAAUCGUCUUAUUGCUUUGAUGUCUGCAAUAGUUUUGGAGGAACAUCCAGGAACAACUAUUGUUACAGACAGUGUGACUUCAGAUGGGUUAACUACAUUUAUCGAAAAUAAACUUGGGGGAAAGCAUCAUCGUUUCAAAAGAGGCUAUAAAAAUGUCAUUGAUGAAGCAAUACGUUUGUAUUCCAUACAGAAUUCAGUUGGUGAGGAGUCACAUCUAGCUAUUGAAACAAGUGGACAUGGAGCUCUCAAGGAAAAUCACUGGCUAGAUGACGGGGCAUACCUAAUGGUCAAACUUUUAAAUAAACUAGCUUCAGCUAGAGCUUCAGGAGUUGGUGGUGGCAGCAAAGUUUUAACUGAUAUGGUGGAGGGUCUGCAGGAACCAGCAGUUGCUGUGGAAUUGAGACUGAAAAUCAAUCAGAAUCAUCCAGAUCUUAAAGGAAGAUCAUUUUGGGAGUAUGGAGAGGCAGUGCUGCAACACUUGAAGAACUCUGUGGAUACAGACAUAAAGCUUCAGAAAGCCCCUGUUAACUACGAAGGGGUUCGAGUUUCUGGUUAUGGAGGGUGGUUCCUUCUGAGACUCUCACUCCAUGAUCCAGUUCUUCCCCUUAACAUUGAGGCACCUAACAAGGAAGAUGCUCUGAAACUCGGACUUGCUGUGGCUUCUGCUGUCAAGGAAUUCCAUGCUUUGGAUACAUCUGCCUUGGACAAAUUUGUCCAAUAACCAUAAAUUAUAGACCAGUGGAUACAUCUGUCCGUUUCAUGUGCAGCCUGUUUGCUGAAGUGGCUUUCAAUUCCAGCAUGGUCGACUUUCACUAUAACAGUGCGUAAUUUAGAACCCGAGGAAGUUCUCCUUGUUAAUUUUGGUUUUUGCAGGCAGUGCUACAAUGAUGUCAGCGUAUAAAUGUUAUGAGCUUGCUAAAAUGUUCGCAUCUAAAGUCACAGCGAUUUGAAUAAUACAUGAUAGUCAUAAUCCCUAAGAGCAAUGCCAUCUUUCUGUAUAAUAAGACACUGCAUUUUUGGCUCAGCAUGGUGCUACUGGUUUAUUUACGCCGUGUAGUUGUGCUUGCAAUCGAAUCUCUUUGUGCAUUCUGUUAAUGCAAAACGGUGUUGUAGA